UCCCUCAAUUCCAGUGGCACUUUCUUUGUGACUCGCCGUCUCUUCGAAGUCUCCAGUCGUCUGCAAAUGUCCACGGUCACCUGUGAUUUAUCCCACAACUAAUAAUAACUAACAGUGCCAUAGACUUGCGGUGGAAUCGAUAUGGGAGAAUAAUACCGAUGGUGAUGAGGCUUCACGUCUGCCACUAUCAGUAUCCACUUGUUUCGGUGGCAUCUUUACGGCACCUGGAUAAAUUUGCGUGUGCUAGGUGUAAUUGCUACUGUGUGACUGAGGAGUAAUCCAGGGAUGGAGGAAGACCAGCACAACGCAGAUGCAAGCCCAACGCCAUCAGCAGUAUUUGACGAUGAUUCACACAAUAUGUCCGAUAUUCCACAAAACCUGUCAGAUGAAGAUGCUUUUAAACUUUUGUGGGAAAUGAAGAUGCGAAAAAGGCAGGGGAAGCCAAAUCUACCAGACACUGUCACUGAACUCAGCACAGAAGAUGGUUGUAAGGUGUACCUGGUUGGCACAGCCCACUUUAGCGAGAGUAGCAGAAACGAUGUUGUGAAGACUAUUCAAGAAGUGCAGCCAGAUAUAGUGGUCGUAGAACUAUGUCAGUACAGAGUCUCCAUGCUCAAAAUGGAUGAAAAGACAUUACUUAAGGAAGCCAGAGAAAUCAAUCUGGACAAGUUACAGCAAGCUAUAAAACAGAAUGGAGUAAUGUCUGGAUUGAUGCAGAUGCUGCUAUUGAAGGUCUCUGCUCACAUCACAGAACAGCUGGGCAUGGCCCCAGGGGGUGAAUUCAGGGAAGCCUUCAAGGAGGCUGGAAAAGUGCCUUUCUGUAAGUUUCACCUUGGGGACAGGCCCAUCCCUAUCACCUUUAAAAGGGCCAUUGCUGCACUUUCACUCUGGCAGAAGGUCAAAUUAGCCUGGGGUCUCUGUUUCUUGUCUGAUCCCAUCAGUAAAGAUGACGUAGAAAAGUGCAAACAGAAAGAUCUUCUAGAACAGAUGAUGUCCGAAAUGAUCGGAGAGUUUCCUGAUCUUCAUCGAACCAUUGUUGCUGAACGGGAUGUUUACCUAGCCUAUAUGCUAAAGCAAGCCGCAAAGCCAUUAGAACUACCUCUGGCUUUAGGACCUGAGCCCAGUCAACGGAUGCCAUCCGUUGUGGUGGGAGUAGUUGGAAUGGGUCAUGUGCCAGGAAUUGAGAAGAACUGGAAUAAUCUAUUAAACAUUCAAGAAAUAAUGAGUAUUCCUCCGCCAUCUUUAGCGACUAAAGUAUUGAAGUUUUCCCUUAAAACAACUGUUAUUGGACUUGUGGGUUAUGGCUGCUACCGCUUGGGAAAAGGGACCAUUAAGCUGAUGCUGUCAAGGCCAUUAGUACAGACUUACCUCCAUAAAUAUACAAAUCAAAUAUUCUAACUGAAAGAAAACAUUUUGAAGACCUUCUACUUGUUGUUUGAGAAGAGCUGAAGGAAAAUAUGCAGGAAUCUUUGUAUUUUCCCUUGUUUACUUUACACUUUGAAUUCCGUAUCAGACAUGAUUCGUAACAUGGAUAAGUUCUGCUCACUGAAAAGCUACACCAUCUGCGAGUGGGAAGAAAUAAACAUCAUAAAAUGUACUGAUUCCAUGUUAUCUAAAAAUGUCUAUUUUAAUGCAGUAUAUCUGAUCUGUGAAUGGCUUGAACUUAAUCCACAAGUCACUAUUUUAAGCCUAUCGGUUUGGGGAUAGAUGUGGAAGAACGUAGAAAAAUUACAAAUUCAUAUUUUGAAAUUUUGCAAUAUUACUACUUUCAUUUAAUGGAACAUCAAUGGACCUAUGGUUACUUUAAAAUCAUGUUCGGAUGCCACUGAGCCAAUCGUGAUUAUCUGAGAUGUCCAUUACAACUGAAACUGCACAAAACUCAUACAUUUUAAGAUUUUUAUGUAUUAUCCAUAAGGUAGCACCUGUAUGGUUUACAGUUGAUAAUGCAACCAGUAGAAUUUAGAAACAUUUGUUAACUCUUAUUUUGAAAGGUGGUGGAAUUCUAUUAAAAUAAGUAUUUAAAAUUAUUUAUGAUUCACUCAUUCAAACUACGUGCAUUCACAAUUUAUUUUGGGUUCCCCUCUGAAAGUUUGCCAUUUCACAAUGCAUUUCAAACGGAGGGGUAGACUUCUUCCCUUUCCCACUCCCUCCCUCCACUUCCUAGAUUUAGUCUCCAGAUCUCUGAAGGUAUUGACACCUUGCAGGCAGUGCCCUAUAAUUGCUGGGUACUUUCCCUUCGUUUGGUUGAUUUUUCCAAGAUUCAAAUUGGGUAUGUCGGGGAAUUUUCCAAUGAAGGAGCAUCAUUGGCCUUGAUAUAUAUGCAGGUUUCCAGCUGCCUGGUAGAUUGAAUUCCUGUUUCCAUCCCGCAAAUGCUUCAACUUUCUGAGUCAUUUGAAAUUAAAACCAUGUAAUGCAACUAAAUGACAUUAUCUACUUUUAAUGCUUUACUCCUAUUGCCUUGUUUUCAAGUGAUUGUAGUUUUCCUAAAAGCCAGUUAAAUGCCAAUUCGUGGCCGACAUAAAUCUGAUUAAAGAUAAAUUUAUCCAUUGGACUUGGGAACAUAAACUUUGAAGUGUUUUUAUGUUAUAUCAUGCUACAUUCAAUUUUAUUUCUAGACAGUGAUAAAACAUAACUUGUUGCUGUUUGGUUUGCAAGAUUUGCUGAAUCUUGUAAAUUACCUUAUUCUGAAUUUGUACCUCCGUUAAAUAUGUUUUCAAAUCAUUCAAGUAAUGUAGCAAGAUUCACCUUAACAAUGUAGAUUAUGUGCACUUUUGUGAAUCAGCAUUACCUUGAUGGUGCUUGCUAGGCUGCUAUUGCUUCACAUGUGCAGAUCUAGUGUCACCUUCAGCAGCAAAACAUUACCAUCUGAAUGUCUCAAUUGCCAAUUGUGCUGAAAAGAAAGUAAUUUAUAAUUUCCUUGUCAGAAUUGCAAAUUACAUCUGAGCAAUGGAAUUGUGUGUGGGUAAUACAUAGAUAUAACCAACCAUGCAAUUUUAUUAACAAGUAAAGGGCUCAAUUCGUUUUUAUUUAGCUUUUGAAUGCUUAGGAAAUGUAAAGUGCACCUUGAUGCCUUUUGGGGAGGUGGGUGUAAGUUGUAUGACAAACACCUGGUGUAUAUCUGGUAUAACUUAUCUAACAAUUUUGUUUUGAUUCAAAGUGUCAGGGAAAUGGGGAGAGUGAAAAUAAUGUAGUGGAAAUGCAUGUUUGCAUUUGGAAUCUGAAUGUAUUACAAGUGCGUCUCAUGUUAAAAUAACUGCCACAUAAUCUGUUGAUUUGAAUCUGAGACUUUAACCAUAUUGGUGUAUAGUUUUGUUAAUCAGAUCUGAAGCAGAAAGCGUCAGCGGGUUUAAGUAUAAAAUCACAUGGAUCACAAAAGCAUUUGAAGUGUUACUCAAAAGCCAUCGUGUUUGAGUAUCUUUUGAGAAGUCUUUCAUUCUGAUGGAAUGCAGAUACUUCCUCUGCGGUUCUCGUAAAACAUUUUCAGCAAAUGAAAUGCUGCUUUCAUAUCUGCUUGUUUUAAUGGUACUAUUUAAUUUCCUUGAAAAUAAAACUAAAUUAAAUGUGAAAAGCAUGUAAUUUAAGAUGAAGAUAGAUACAAAAUGCUGGAGUAACUCAGCGGACGGGCAGCAUCUCUGGAGAUAAGGACUGAGUGAUGUUUCGGGUCGAGACCCUUCAUCAGAGUAGUCAGAAGGGUCUCAAUCUGAAAAGUCACCCAUUCCUUCUCACGAGAUGCUGCCUGUCCCGCUGAGUUGCUCCAGCAUUUUGUGUCUAUCUUCAGUUUAAACCAGCAUCUGUAGUUCCUUCCUACACAUGUAAUUUAACACGCCUGUUCACUCCCACAGAAAAGGCUUUGUUUGAGUUCUAAUUUUGUCAAACUAAAUACUCUAGCUGGGCACGCAUGUUGUGAUUUUAGUCAGUAUUUAAAGACCGAGAUGAGCUGUGUCUCGUGAUGCACUAAAUAGAUUCAUAACUGAAUUCAAUUGAACUGAAAUUGGGUGUUCAGUAGUGCCUAUAUGUAAAUAAUCACAUCCUGCUUCACAUGUAACUGCAAUUUUUACUAACAAUGAUUUCUGUUAUUUUGAAGCUUUCUGUGCCUGCUCUUGCUGGAUAUUUUUCUAUACAGCAAUUUAGAUUCACCAUGAAAACUUUUUAAAAAUUGCAAAUCUAUCCAUAAGUAAAAUUUGAUACUGAACAUUCUUUUUCCAUAUAGCCUCAUGUUGCUCAUGCAAAAUGUAAGCGUCAAGAGUUCAGCAAGCGUUUGUCUAUUAAUUGUCAAAAUAGUAUUCUUGCACCAUACUUUUCCAGUAGAAAAUGUACAUUUAUUAUAAAAUGACAAGAAUAAAGUGGGCCUAUUCCUGGCUGACAAAAAUUAAUGAAUGUAUUCAUGUAUGUAUUAUACAUUUGAGUUAAAUUCAAAAUCUAUUUGGCAAAGCUAGGAAACUAGGAUAAUGCACCAUAAUGUUGAUCUGAUCACUGGAUUUGGCAGUGUUAACAGUAUUUAAGUCUCACACUGUUCCAAAUGGUAACUACUUUUAACACUACCUAUAAAUUAUAAAAAAUGUGGGGUACAGCAAAUUUUAAAUUCCAGCAUUGUUAUUUCUGUUGCUGAGAUUGCUUGCUGAAAUACAUAUUUUUGCGAUAUCAUUCCUUAAAGUUAUUUUUAAUGUACCCCCAAAAAUUAAUUUUUCAGUUACCUAUUGUGUGAAAAUGCCUCGCAGGGCCUAAUUUCUGCGUCUCAAGUAUUGUACUUCUAUUUAAAUGGAAUCUUACACUCUCAUUUAUUUGAACUAUGUUGUUCAAGGUUUCCUGGCAUCAUGCUGUGGAUUAUGUCGUUUCUGUACCAUGUCUUUCCGUUGUAAUAUAAAUUUGAAACAUCUCCAUAUUCAAUUUCUGUAGGAUUGUGCCUUUUAAACUGCUGAGCAUUCUGAGAUAUUGGAGAUCAUGAUGGUAACAUUAUUGUAAGAAUAAAGUUUUGCAGAGAUUUUA